GUAAUCGUCUCUGUCUGUAACAGAAACCUUCUCGCACGUCUGGUUUUAACAACGGUCCCGAAUAUUCGCCGUAAAAAUAAUAACGUCGCGAAUUUUUGGAGAACGCGUGUGAUAUGUGCGCCCUUUGAUAUAAAUCCGCCAGUCGUUUACAGAGAUCGAGUUCAAUCGGUGUUCGACCAAACGUCGUUAUUAUGAUCAAAAAGGAGAAACAAAUGUUGUCUGUGACCGCUAUUAUCGAGGGAGCUCAGGCGCACAACUGGAGCAGAUCCCUGGCCGAUAUGGGGCCCCAGAGGCUGUGUUUAGGUCUGCCAAUCGACCAGGCUAUGUCGCUGAAUUCGUUAAGCCCUCAGUCACCAUUAGACAUGAAGCCUGAUGCAACAAGCUUAGGACAGUUCAGUCCGCAAGGGCCAAACAGUCCAGGAUCUUUCUCAUUAGGUAGUGGAAGUAUGAUGAGUCCGACAGGAAACCAAAAAGUUGGUUCUCCAUAUCCACCUAAUCAUCCGCUGAGCGGUUCCAAACAUUUGUGCUCCAUCUGCGGAGACAGGGCUAGUGGAAAGCAUUAUGGUGUAUACAGCUGUGAAGGUUGUAAAGGAUUCUUCAAAAGAACGGUCAGAAAAGACCUCACCUACGCAUGCCGGGAAGAGAAAAAUUGUAUAAUUGACAAAAGACAAAGAAAUAGGUGUCAAUAUUGUAGAUAUCAAAAAUGUCUACUCAUGGGAAUGAAAAGGGAAGCUGUACAGGAGGAAAGGCAGAGGACUAAAGAAAAAGAGAAAGAAAGAGAACGAGAGAUAGUGGUUGAAGAGGUGGAUACUACUUAUCUACAUUUACAGGCUGAUAUGACUCUGGAAAGACUUUUAGAGGCAGAAAAGCGGAUGGAACUCAAUGAUCUGCCAGAUUCUUUGGAGGUAUUGACCCCAAUAGAAUUCUAUGCAAGGAAUGCCAUGACAAAUAUGAUGCAAGCUACAAAUGCUCAACUUUCUCAGUUGAUAGAAUGGGUUAAAAUGAUACCUCAUUUCACCUCUCUUCCUGUAUGUGACCAAGUUUUACUUCUGCGGUCUGGUUGGAAUGAGCUGCUGAUAGCUACUUUUUCUCAUAAGUCCCUCCAGAUACAAGACGGAGUACUUCUUGCAAAUGGGUUAACAAUAAACAAGCAGUCUGCUAACUCUGUUGGUAUAGGGAAUAUUUAUGAUAGAGUGCUCUUAGAAAUCAUACAUAAGAUGAGGGAAAUGAGGAUUGACAGAGCUGAACUAGCAUGUUUGAAAGCAAUCAUACUGCUUAAUCAUGAUGUUCGUGGCUUGCAGUCAGUUCCAGAAGUCACAGUUCUUCGAGAAAAAGUUUACAGUUUAUUAGAAGAAUACAAUAGAGCUACACAUCCAAAUGAAGCAGGAAGAUUUUCCAAACUCCUGUUACGGUUGCCCUCUUUGAGGUCAGUUGGCUUGAAAUGCACAGAACCUUUGUUCUUUUUCAAAGUGGUUAAUACACCACUUGAUACUUUCUUGACUGAAAUUUUUGAGAAUUCUGCAGAAAAUUCAGCCUAAAAGAAAUGGUCAAAAAAAUUGGCAAUGUUGCCUGUUACCUUCAAAUGUGAAGAUGAUAGAGAGGAGUGUGUAAAUUAAAUUGAAGAAAGAGAACUACAAUAUAAAAUUCAUUUAAUUAACUUCACUACACAUACUCAUCGACAGAAAAUCACGAUCAGCAAAAACUGUGAUAAAUCAUUGUUAAUUUCAACGAAAAUAUUUGUCUAUUAGUUGAAUUUGACCUGAAUGAACUGAGCUGAAAUUUAUGUUGUUAGGAGUAAGUGUUAAAAGGGUACCUGAUAUUUUUGUAGAAAUGGAGGUUAUAUGGAUUUACAGUUAUUUACUUGCUGAAUCGUUCUUGUUAUGAAGGUUGAUUAAAUUAUGUACUGAAAACCAAAAUGUACAUGAUAUUGAUUUACAACUUGUAUAGGUUUUAUGAAGAAUUAAUUGCAGUUUCCAAUGUCAAACUCGGAUUAAAAAAAUUACGUGGACAAGAGUGUGGUUCAGGCUUUCAUUUUUGGAUAUUCUUUGUUUUAUGUUUAUUAUACCAACUCUCCCAGGCCUAGUAUUAUAUUUUUAAAUUUGUAUUAAAGUGAAGUAAUAAAAUUUCUAUUUUAUUCGAUUGAACAAACAUUUGAAAUAUUUCUUUUUGUAAUGCUACCAAAAUGUUGAAUUUUAAUUAAUUUCUGGAUAUGAAAUUCUGUAGAUUGAAUUUUGAUCCUGAAGCUUGUGAAUAUUUUUAUAUUAUAUAGGAUCUUUAUGAAUUAUUCUAGUUUCCUUACUGUUUAAUUACUUUAUGGCGUAUAUGACAAAAUUUCAAUAAGAAUUGAUGAACACAAUUUAUGAUUGUCAUUUUUUAAAUAUAGCAUAGUUAUUGAUUCAAUAAUCUAAUUAUAAGUAGAUAGCGCAUAGAGAAAUGGUUUGAUUAGUUUAAUAUAUUCCAACAUAUCUAGGAAAAAUACAAUAUUGUUUUCAUACACGACCAUUUUAGAUCACGUGAUGUGGCUUCCCUUAUCAUUGGUGGAAAUUCAACGAUUUCUAUCCUCUCCCUCGUGGUAACAUGACAAGAGGUUCAAUCUUUCUCUAAUGUUGAAGUCAAUGUUCUCCACUGCACGACCGUUCAAGGACACAUUUAUUCAUUAUUAGAUCAUUGUUAGUACUAGUGAAAAGCAAUAAAGAAUAUUUCAAAGGCCACUAAGAUGGUUCAAUAAUUCAUAAAGACCCUGUAUAAUAUGUAAUAUACAUACAUAUUCCUAAAAAAGGUAUAGAACAUUUUAGUUGAAAUGUUAUUAAUAAAUUAAAAUUGAAUAUUAUAAUAGGCUAACCAGAUUAACAUUAAUAGUUUUUAUUUGAUUAUUCACACAAAAAUAGUACCAGUAAUAUAUGGAUAUUUCAAAUAUUGAAUAUAUUGUUCAGAGUAGGCUCAAUAAAGUACAGAAAAUGUAAGUAUAAAACUGUUGCGAUACAAAAAUGAUAUGCUGUAAUGCUCCACUAGUAUGGUUGCAAAUGUAUUUCAGUGUUUCGAUUGACUUUCAGUUCAUUAGACAUGUUGGUGAAGUUGAAUGUGGCUCCUUUCUGUCACUCUUUAUCUUUAGAGCACAUUGGUUUCAUAUAUGAAGCAUUUCAAUUGCUUUCUAUAUAUUUUCGAUCUGUGAUUAACGAUGAAACUACUAUAUUUAAGUUAUUUCUUCGGAAAAGGGUAUUAAUAGCUAUAUAUUUUGAAACUUAAUACAGAUUAUGAUUACGUCGUUAUGACAUGAAUGAGUACUUUAAAAAAAAUGUUAAAUAUCUGAUCUCUCAAUAUCAUUGUAGCUCAUUAAAUAUUAAAUUGUUACUUGCUGUAAUUAUGAAAUAAAAAUUAUAGAUUUA